AUGGACUUUACAACCCAUUCACCUCGGAGCCCCGCGGCCACAUCGUCCAGGCCCGACGUGAUGAACGACCCGGCUUAUGACAAGCGAGAUGCUGGACCAGAAGAUGCGGAUACAUGCCGAAUAUGCCAUGGAGAAGGAUCGGAGGAGGAACCGCUGUUUUACCCGUGCAAAUGCAGUGGCAGUAUCAAAUAUGUCCACCAAAGCUGCUUAGUGGAGUGGCUGUCACACUCGCAGAAGAAGCACUGCGAACUUUGCAAGACACAUUUUCGAUUCACGAAACUCUACGAUCCAAAUAUGCCAAACAGCCUUCCAACGCCACUCUUCCUUCAACAAGCCUUCCUCCAGGUGGUCCGGACUCUCAUCACCUGGUUGCGAUUUGUUCUCGUGGCUUUUGUAUGGUUGGGCUGGCUGCCAUGGUCGAUGCGAGCGAUAUGGAGGGCACUUUUUUGGCUUGCGGAUGGCCGUUGGUCGGCUGCAGGGUCUUCUCAACAGGCCGGGUCGAGCUCCAGUCAAGCUACGAAUCACACAGGUAGUGCCGCUGCCGCUUUAACAUCGAUUGGCCUUGCGGAUUCAAGUUCCACCUCUGCCUUGCCGUCCGCUUCCGCAAUAGCAGUGCAGCCAGGGCAAUCACCCAGCAAUGGCUUCCCUACUGACGAGCCGCUAAUGCUCACUCUGAUCAAGAAACUUAUUCCGAGUCUUUUUGUCCCUGCAUGGUCAUCCAGCAACAAUGGAAGCAUACCGCAAGCCAGUGACGUUUCCAGCACAUCAAAAGCACGCUACCCGUCAUGGCUCUCGGACGUCAAAUUUCUCAGGGCCUUGACGCCUUAUCCGACCAUUAACAAUAUGAUCAUCGACACCCUUGAGGGGCAGUUGAUCACACUUCUUGUCGUCGUCGCCUUUAUUCUUCUAUUUUUGAUUCGAGAAUGGGUGGUCCAACAGCAGCCCAUGGCAAAUAUCGCAGAGGGAGAGCGGGAGGCUGCAUUACAAUUGAUUGCCAACGAUCGAAUCGUUGACGAUCUCGGUGGGCCACAACCAGAACCGGCGGUGGAUCAUCUUGACGAAGAUCAUGAACCCGAUUUCCGUCUACCCCGGGAUGCCAAUGAUGCUCUACCUGGCGGUCCCCGGCAACAUUCCCCUGCGCCCUCGUGGACUGAUUCGGAUGACGGUCUUCCUGCAUAUGAAAGACUGGCAGAGUUUCGUGAUGAAGAAUUCCCCAGACGCCGGUUUGGAGAUGAUGAUAUGGUGGACUCCGAUCAACCAGAACAGGAGUCGGCAGACGUCCCAUAUCCAUCGGACGUCUUGUUGCUUCGAGACAUCCUGAGACGGGCCAAUGGUGAUCGUAAUGAGAUUCUACGAAUUAUCCGCCGCGAAGGUCAUGAAGCAGAGCUGGCUUGGAUUGUCGAGGCGAUGGAUAGAGAACCAGACGAGCGCACGGUUGCCGGACCAUCAUCUCGCGUGGAAGAUCUCUACAUGGCUCACCGGGGAAGCUCUUCAAAUGGACUUGGAGCGGAAAUUGCAAACACCCAAGGGAGCGCCGACACUCCUGCCUCGUCGGCUACAGCCCAAGCUCACAAUGAGGCACAUGUGGGAUCAGCAAACGAACACCAGAACAUUGCAAAUCCAGAACCAGAGCCUGUGAAAUCCUUAGUUGAGCGAACGAUUGAUUGGUUUUGGGGAGACAUUGCGCCCGAAGGUCAUGAUAACGACGAUGGCCUUUUACAAGAUGAGGAACGGAUUGUGCAGGACCCCGCUCUGGAAGAUCCCUUCGUUCCUGUUCAAAACCGACUGGACCAGCGGCCCGCUGAAGAUGCGGCUGCAGCUGCGCCUGGAGCCGACGGACCACUGGAAGGCAACGAUGCGGAUGCUAUUGACGGUGACGAUUUUGACGGCAUCUUAGACCUCAUUGGCAUGCAAGGUCCUAUUUUUGGGCUCCUCCAAAAUGGGGUAUUUUGCGCACUUCUUAUUGCAUUCACUAUAGCGAUUGGGAUUUGGCUUCCCUACCUAUGGGGCAAAAUCGCUCUUGUCCUUCUAGCCAAUCCUUUGCAACUUGUCAUCGGUGUGCCUAUGACAGCUGUCACCAUCAUCGCAGAUAUUGUACUUGACACUCUCAUUGGGUCCCUGGGCUACGCAAUGUAUUGGUUAAGUAUUGUCUUGAAAGUACUCACCAGUCCAUUCGGAAAUUUCGGGCCCGCAUUCGAGUGGAUGUCGACAUCUCGGUCUUUUACCAGCACCUCUCUCUCAUUGAUCGGCAAAAGCACGGACCGGUUGAACAAAGUCGUCCGAACAUUUUUGAUACUUCAAGAGUCCGACAUCCCCAUGUUUUCUGUGCUUUCUCACCAGGCCCUCAAAUUGCACCAGGCACGGAUUGUGGCUCUGUGUAGGUCUCUGUUCGCUGUCUUCAAGUUCACUCUUCAUGACUUCCCUCUGCGGUUAAUGACGGGGACCCCUGGCGCGUUCAUGAACGACUUCAAGCUUUCGGAUAUCGCCGACGUUACAGCACAUGUGAAGGCCUCUUUUGGUAACUUGACAAUCUCGUCGAUUUUUGCUAGUCCUGGGCCUACGCUUUUGGGUACUAAUGCUGCCCGAACAAACUCUGCUGCUAUCUAUCUUGAGGAAGAGUUGGCUGUAUGGGACACCAAGGAUCGUGCGAUAGCCAUUGCCAUGGGGUAUCUCCUCGCCACCAUGGUAGGCUUUCUAUAUCUGCGAAUCAGCGGUCUGCUUGCCGGCGCCAAUCGUGGCCAAAGAGUCGACGGAGUCGUUGCUGAAGUGCUCCUUCAAGCUGGAGGUGUCAUGAAAGUGAUUCUGAUCAUCGGCAUAGAGAUGAUUGUUUUCCCUCUGUAUUGUGGUACCUUGCUGGAUGUUGCUCUCUUGCCUCUCUUUUCCGGCGCGACAAUAUCCUCGCGUAUGGCAUUCACGGUGGCUUCUCCUCUGACAUCUCUGUUUGUGCAUUGGUUCAUUGGGACAUGUUACAUGUUCCACUUUGCCCUAUUCGUGUCCAUGUGCCGAAAGAUCCUAAGAAGUGGUGUCCUUUACUUUAUCCGUGAUCCUGAUGACCCCACCUUCCAUCCUAUCCGAGACGUGCUCGAGCGCAGCAUCACCACUCAACUUCGAAAAAUUGGCUUCAGUGCUCUAGUCUACGGCGCCUUGGUCAUUGUCUGCCUUGGUGGCGUUGUAUGGGGGUUAUUCUUCGCGUUCAGUGAUGUUUUACCCAUUCACUGGUCAUCCAGUGCGCCAAUGCUGGAAUUUCCCGUGGACCUCCUUUUCUACAAUUUCGUGCUGCCACUCGCACUGCAGUCCGUCAAACCCUCAGAUAUCCUCCAUGACGUCUAUGAUUGGUGGUUCCACAAGUGUGCUCACUUCUUGCGGCUGAGCAACUUCUUCUUUCCCGAAAGACAUCCCGAGGAGGAGGGACGCCACGUCCGGCGGACUUGGUGGAGCUUCCUUCUUGGUCAGCAAGGUGACUGGAAGCACCCGGUUGUCAGCAACAACGGUCAAGUUGCAGCUGAACAGGAGAGUCAGGAUGUCUAUUUCCUCCGGGAUGGCCGCUAUGUGCGCGCUCCAGCGUCUGACCAAGUCCGCAUCCCAAAGGGCACGAGAGUCUUUGUGGAUGUGACUGAAGACAACAGUCGGCUUGACGGCCUCCCCGAUUUGGAUGAUGGGCUUCAUGGGCGUACGAAUCCUAAUUUCACGAAAGUCUACAUUCCCCCUUACUUCCGGACUCGCAUCGCUGCUUUUAUCGUCUUGAUCUGGCUUUUCGCUGCUAUCACUGGCGUAGGUAUCACAGUGGUGCCGCUCGUCAUGGGACGCGUGAUUGCUUCCGUCUGCUUUUCCAGCCCCGUCCCCGUCAACGAUAUUUACGCUUUUUCGAUUGGUCUUUCAGUGGUGGCUGCCCUAGGCUACACCGCGUACUACUGCCGGGUAGCUCUUCAGGCUUUGCGCGAGAAUCGGAACGCAUAUAUGAGGUCGCCACGCGAGGUUGCCAAACUUCUAGGCAGCACUGUACUCGAUUUCACCAGGCUCUUGUAUCUUGCGACUGCCCUGGGGGUGGUGCUUCCGUCGCUCUUUGCUCUUCUCACCGAAUUGUAUGUUUUGAUUCCGGCGCACACAUUCAUCGCAGAUGGGCAAGACCACGUCAUACAUAUUGUUCAGGAUUGGACGCUGGGGGUCUUGUAUGUCCAAAUGGCGAUCAAGCUCAUCCUUUGGCAUCCCCAAUCCUGGGCAGCGGCCGCUCUCAAUGGCGUCUUCCGCCAAGGCUGGCUCAAGCCCAACGUGUCCCUCGCAACCCGUGCGCUAAUCUUGCCAAUGGUGCUUCUCGCCUUCAUCGCAAUCACUGCCCCGCUCUUGCUAGGAUUCGUAUUGCGAUGUACCCUGUUCUUCGCGCGUGGCGGAGCGCAACCUGAAAUUUAUCGCUUCGCUUAUCCAGCCACCCUCUCGGUCGUUCUGGCAAUGUGGAGUGUUCAUUUCAUUGUGCGCAAGUUGACAAUUUGGCGCAUCCAUAUCCGCGACGAUGUCUAUUUGAUUGGCGAGCGGUUACAUAACUUCAGCGAGAAGCGGGCGCGGGACGUUGGAGUCUCGCGACGGGUUCUCACGGGCUAG